AUGGCACAACUGACAAUCACAGACACAGAGUGCUAUGAAGAGCAGCUCCAGAGCGACGCUCAGUUUCUGUGCUCUAACCAGAGGAUGGACACUGAACUGGUUGACAGUCUGGUGCUGCAACUCAACAGGAUCUACCCCCAGAUACUCAGUGACAAGGAAGCCUGCAAGUUCAGAAGCCUGAGAGUCCCCACUACAGAGCGGCUACGUGAGCUGCUGCAGUACCUGCAUGAGAAAGGAGACGAUGCAUGCUAUGAGUUCUACAGAGCACUUCACAUCCAAGCGGAGGAUGUUUACUUCAGUCUACCCACUAGAAUUAGACAAAGAGAGAUGACUGACUCAAGAAGUGCAAACAAUGUGGCUGUCAUCCCAGAGCGAUAUGUGCUUAACGACAGAGGACCAAUUUUCUUUCUGAGUUGUUUCAGCGUUGCAGUUGGCAUUGCAUUUCUCUAUUAUUACGGAGAGGGUCAGAGACUCAGAUGCACGGAAGCAUUCCUUCACUGCUCUGCAGUGAGACUUGGUAAAGACGCCAAGGACGUGUUCGUUUCCUAUGUGGAGGUCGGGAAGUAGAAAUAACAAGACUGAAAUAUUUCAAAAGAACAAGCUGUGCUACUUUACUCUACUGUGCCAAAUCAGUUUUACAUCUCCCUCUGUAGAGAACUUUUGCGUCGUUUCUGCAUGUAUUCGUAUUAAAAAAAAGACACUGAAUUUCCCCCAAAAGCCCAGCUAUCACCAAAAUGGAUGUUACAUUCAUUAGUGAGGUGGCUGGGAAAGUUCUUGAUAUUGACAGCACCUUGAUUAACACUGAUAAUAUUGACUGUAGCUGAUAUAUGGCUGCUAUUCUCUGAAAUGCGUUGCUUUGGUUUUCAAUAGAAAACAAAAGGUCAACCUUUGAUCAAUGGAUGUUUUUUUCUAUCUCUGUUUGACUCUUGGUCUUAUCAUAUGCAUCUUUGUUCUGCUCAUUGCCUAUGUCCAGUGUUAUGGUGCUCCUAUUGUCUUAGUAUAGAAAACUGUUUCAGGGAGAAACUUUGUAAUUUACUUGAGACGCAACAAUAAGCCAAUAUUACCUUUGACUUGAUCAGAGAUCAGCGGGUUAAGUAGCUGAGGAAAAAAAGCCUAUUUAUUAAAAUCAUCAAAUCUAAGAACUUUCACCAUUUCCUGGAUCGCAACAACCAACAGCAUGUACCUUGAUAAUUUUUUUUAUUUUUUUAAAAUAAAAAUUAGAGGUUGAGGACAUGUCAUUCAAAACUACUACUAACCUGCAGCACAUCUAUAGUUUCUUUGUUAUUGUCCCAGGAUCAGAUCAGAUUCAGCAUAUCAGACCUCAAAGAAAAUCAGAAAGAUAUUGGCCAGGAAAUGAACGAUUGCUGCAUCUCUAGGUCUUGUAAAAGACUUUUAGAUUUCUUAUUUGUGCACAUCUGUUAAAUUGCCAUUUUUAGGUUAAACAUAGCAUAACCACAUCAACAUGCAGCUGCACAUCUUCAAAGCAGUUUUUAGUUCUUCUCACUCAAUAGUGCCAAACUCCAGUGCUCGUGAAGGGCUCUGCAACGUCAAGAGUUUUCCUUUCAGAUGUUACUUUCCAAUCUUAAAAGUUGAAGACACCCAUCAACCUCCUUGGGCAGUAGUUUGACACCCAUUCUGUAAUUUAUUUCAUUUAGGCUCAGACUACCAGAUUGUUUGGUUGAUUGUCAGUGUGAACAUGCUUGGCUUGAGUUGCACUAGUUUUUGUAGCACAUUUCUGUUAACAUUUCCUACAACACGUUCCCUUUAAUGCAGGAUUAGGGUUAGUUAAAACAACACGUUUUCUUGAAUGCACAAUAUCUUACCUGUUAAUAGUAGUGCCUUCUAAUGAUGUUGGAACAUGUUUAAAAUUAGGAAAUAAAGUAAAAAGAAGCAGUACCGUUGAUUUUUAUUUAUUUAUUUAUUAGCAAUUACAUAACUGUCUCUGUACUGAGCCUAACACAAGUGUGGUACUUUAGGAGACUACGGUUACACAUAUUUCCACUAGAGGGCGCUCUUUUGUCAUUCACAACCUUUUGUGAGACAAUGUUCUAGUCUUCCAUAUUGAUGACAGUAAAAAGCAGCAAACAGCGCUCAUAAAUUAAUAAUGACAAAGUGGAGGAGUUAAGUUAAGUUAAUGUAAGGUAGCAUUAAAUACAUUCCCUUGCACACACAAGAGAGUUUUGAGUGCAUGACACAAGCAUGUAAAGCUGGAUUUAAACAUUUGCAAAUAAAUUCUGCAGAAAUAUUGCCACUCCAGGGGUGUGGAAGGACCCACACACCUAUAAUCUUAAGAUAUUUUUUCUCUCUUUUCUGCAAAGGGAGAAAGAAACAGAAACAUCGCAGGGAAUCAUAUUAAAUUAUUAGGAACUGUUGAGUAUAUUCAUUUUAAACAAUAACAUUGGUUUUUCUGGUUCACAAAAGUUAAAACUUUUCACUGGUUAACAUCAUCCUGACUGUUAAUCUAUUAAACUGAUUGUUAAAAGUUUUCUGACCAAUAUGCCACUGUCAAGCACGAUGGUGGCAGAAUCGUCAUGGGGGUCUAUUUCUCUGCAAGCAGUGUUAUUGACCGUGUGUUCUAUGACUUUGUAUUUUUGUGGUUUUAUGAUGUAAAGCACUUUGAAAUGCCUUGUUG